GUUUGUAAGCGAAUGGACUUGGUUUGCCAGCGGAUGUUAAAUCAGGGAUUUCUGAAAGUGGAGAGAUACCACAACUUGUGUCAAAAGCAAGUUAAAGCUCAGCUUCCAAGGCGGGAGUCUGAGAGGAGAAACCACUCAUUAGCUCGUCACGCAGACAUCCUUGCUGCUGUGGAAACGAGACUCUCCCUGUUAAAUAUGACUUUCAUGAAGUAUGUGGAUUCCAACCUCUGUUGCUUCAUACCUGGAAAGGUAAUAGAUGAAAUUUAUCGUGUGCUAAGGUAUGUAAACUCUACAAGAGCUCCUCAGAGAGCUCAUGAAGUUCUUCAAGAACUAAGGGACAUUUCCUCCAUGGCUAUGGAAUAUUUUGAUGAGAAGAUUGUUCCAAUACUGAAAAGAAAGAUGCCUGGGUCAGAUGUAUCGGGACGUCUGAUAGGAACUGCCCCAGUUCCAGGGCCUUCUGCAGCACUGACAACAAUGCAGCUGUUCUCCAAGCAGAACCCUUCAAGACAGGAGGUCACCAAACUCCAGCAGCAAGUAAAAGCCAACAGCACAGGCUUCACAGCACUAAAACGGGAAAUCUCGGAGCUUCGCAUCAAAAUGCAAGAGCAACAGAAACAGCUCCAAGAUCAAGAUCAGAAACUGCUUGAGCAAACCCAAAUCAUAGGUGAACAGAAUGCCCGAUUGGCUGAGCUUGAACGCAAGCUGCGAGAGGUGAUGGAGAGUACAGUAGGGAACUCUUCAGGUUCUGGCUCAAAUGAACAAUCUCCUAGGAAACGGAGGAAGGCUGUUGAAUCCACAGACUGUCCUAGGAAAUCUAAACGCCUUCGAAACAGAAAAUAACUUGGGAGUCAAUAGCACCUUCAGGAGGAUACACUGCUUUAGUAGCCCAAGCAGGUCUGCUUGUUUGGAUACUGUGACUAGCUUCAUGGUGUCACUUAGGCUGCUGGCUCUUCAAAACGCCACUUAGACUCAAACAGUAAAUUUCUUUCAUUGAGACUUUACCCCUGCUUUCUGUAUGGGUGGGCCUAAUGCACAGAAUCUUUAAGAUUUGCAAUAGUUACAUACUAACCAGACCUGCUCUCUUCUGUUUUGAAAGGUUAAUCUUUUCUGUGCAGAUGUGUUUAAAGUAAACUUAUUUGUGUUUAUGCAUAUGUUCACAUAAAAUCUUAAAUAAAUUCAGUCUUAACUGA